CUCUGGUUUUCUCUCUCUAGCGAUAGUGUUGUGGAGCCCAAAACUGGACCUCUGCUUUGCUGGCUUCAAGCUCUUCAUUGUUGGUCUUUUAUGGGGUUGUCUCCUUAGACAAUAUAUAGAGAGAGUCUUUCUUAGUUGGCCAUUUUCACUUCUCCAUGGUAUGUUCCUUCUACAAUCUCAUCAUCAACACUCCACUACCCAAAAGGAAAACCCACCACAACCCAAUUUGAGUUUCUUUUUUCUCUGUCGAUGGUUUUGAUUUUGAUCGAUCUAUAGAUCUGAUGCCCUGAAUUUUGAUUCCCACUUGAAGUUCCUGUUCUUGAACUGUAAAGGAAAGCUGCUUUGCGAAAGUGGUCAAAUUGAAGUGUUCACCUAUUGUUCUAAGAAGUAGAGGAGAAGAGACUUCACAAUUGGGUUUUGUUUCAAACCCUCGAAGCAUGAUUUGAGGCGUGAUUGUACAGUUAUUGCUUUCGGUUGUCUUGUUGUUUUAUACUGGAUUCUUUUUGUAAAAAAAUUGAGGGACAUAGAAUACAUAAUUGUGGUUUUGGCGAAAGAGUAGUUUUGGGUGCCUUAAUGAGGAUUAUUUGGAGGGUUGUUUGGAUGAGAUGAGGGAUGUUAUCUGGGUUGAUGAACCUUUUGAGGGCCUGUUUUCGGCCAAGGUCCCAAGAGGGGCUCUUAUGGUACAAAGAUCAUGGGCAUCACUUCAAUGGUGAAUUCUCAAUGGCUGUAGUGCAGGCCAACAAUUUACUGGAGGAUCAGAGCCAGAUUGAGUCUGGCAGUCUGAGCUUGCACGAGUCUGGUCCAUUUGGUACCUUUGUUGGUAUUUACGAUGGUCAUGGCGGUCCAGAGACAUCACGUUUUAUUGCGGAUCACCUCUUUCAGCAUCUCAAGAGGUUUACUGCAGAGCAACAGUCAAUAUCUGUGGAUGUAAUAAGAAAAGCAUAUCAAGCGACAGAAGAAGGUUUUGCUUCUAUUGUGGCCACGCAAUGGCCUACGAAGCCACAAAUUGCAGCAGUUGGAUCUUGCUGUCUGGUUGGUGUUGUCUGCAGUGGAACUCUUUACAUUGCCAACCUGGGUGACUCACGUGCUGUUUUGGGGAGAGCUGUGAAGGCAACUGGGGAAGUUCUGGCCAUCCAGCUAUCAGCAGAACAUAAUGCUUGUAUAGAGUCUGUGAGGCAGGAGUUGCAAGCCAUGCACCCUGAUGACUCACAGAUUGUAGUUUUAAAACACAAUGUAUGGCGCGUAAAGGGGCUUAUACAGAUUUCUAGAUCCAUCGGUGAUGUAUAUUUAAAAAAGGCUGAGUUCAACAGGGAGCCUUUAUAUGCAAAGUUUCGUCUUCGCGAACCUUUCAAAAGACCAAUAUUGAGUUCAGAACCAUCAAUUUCCAUGCAUCAGCUGCAGCCACAUGAUCAAUUUGUCAUAUUUGCAUCUGAUGGGCUUUGGGAGCACUUUAGCAAUCAAGAAGCAGUUGAUAUGGUUCAACGUCACCCACGGAACGGAAUCGCUCGGAAGCUAGUAAAGACUGCGCUGCAAGAAGCGGCAAAGAAAAGAGAAAUGAGAUAUUCCGACCUGAAGAAGAUCGACCGUGGUGUACGUCGACAUUUCCACGAUGACAUAACAGUAGUAGUUAUGUUUCUUGAUUCGAAUUUUGUGAGCAGGGCUAGCGCUGCCAAGUCUCCUAAUGUAUCGAUUAGAGGAGGUGGAGUCAACCUGCGUCCAAACACAUUGGCUCCCUUUACCACGUCGACGGAAGCUGGCAAUAACUGAUAAAGUUGUAUGUCAUGUUUUUAUCUGUUAUUUGUUUCUCUCGCGUGAAUACUCAGGUAGCUUCCAGGAGAGAUACAAGGAGCGAACCUUCAGUUCUUUAAUGUAUGCUGUUACUGUUAACUGGGAACCAAUGCUCGCAUUUAGCUUGUGUGUCAAAAACACUUACAGAACUGGAGAGGAGUAGUACAAGUUGACAGUUACCUAUAUACAGUUGUUUACUUGUGUGGUUUUCUACUCUCUUCAGUGUUAUGCUUGGUGGACUAUUAUUAGUUCAAGCCAGGUAACAGCAUACGACUUAGCAUGGUGGUUGUCAAAGAUUUUUACCAAGCUCCAGUUUCUGUUUCUCCAAUAAUGGAUUUCUGUGUUUUUUGGUAAGUAAAGGACCACAGAAGGGCUAAGCCAAAACUAUGGCUUGGAGGAUCAUAUCCGCUGGUUAGCUACCAUUGUAAACUAUUGACAUACAGGAAUAGAUGUGUUUGGCAGUGCGUUUGCUCCUA